AUGAGCAAGAAAAGCGCAGCAAUGCGAAAAAGGAAAGCGGCAACUAUGGAUGAAGAUAGUCAGGAUGGCAUAGGGCAGAACGGAGCUCCGAGCACACGAGGAUCCAUGUCUAUGGUUGGUCAUAGUGAAGAUGCUCUAACAAGGAUUCGAAAUAUUGAGAUGAUAGAGUUGGGCAGGCACAGGAUACAGCCAUGGUAUUUUGCGCCUUAUCCUCAACAACUGGUACAUUUGCCAUGCAUUUAUAUCUGCGAGUUUUGUUUGAAGUAUGUCAAAAGUCAGACGUGUUUGAAAACACAUAUGAAGAAAUGUUAUCUGAAGCAUCCUCCAGGCAAUGAAAUAUAUCGCAAUGAGAAUUUGUCGUUUUUUGAGAUCGACGGCAGAAAGAAUAAGGCUUAUGCACAAAAUCUGUGCUUGUUGGCGAAGUUGUUCCUCGAUCAUAAGACCUUAUACUACGAUACAGAUCCUUUUUUGUUCUACGUACUUGCAUAUUUGGACGAUCGAGGAUUUCAUAUUGUUGGCUUCUUCUCCAAAGAAAAGGAGUCGGCGGAGGAGUAUAAUGUAGCUUGUAUAUUAGUAUUGCCUCCAUACCAGAAAAUGGGGUACGGACGAUUAUUGAUAGAGUUCAGUUAUGAACUAUCUAAAGUCGAGGGAAAGACUGGCUCUCCAGAGAAACCUCUCUCUGAUCUCGGUUUGGUUCGUUCGAUUGCUUCGAUUAUCACUAACUUGACGUUGUCAUAUCGAAGUUUCUGGUCAGCAACCAUAAUAGAGAAGUUGAUGCGUUUCAAAGAGGAGGAAGUAGCAGGUGGGGAGGAGCGCGCAAUUUCUGUGAUGGAUUUAUCGCAGAUGACGUCAAUUCGGAAAGAAGAUGUCAUAUCCACUUUACAGGUGCAGUUUGAUUAA